UUGGUGCCAUAGAUAUGUUAGUGCAAUGUUUUCAUAAGUGUUGUGUUUUCAAUGGCAAUGGAUGAUAUUUUGGGCUUCGGACAGUAACGUCAGCUGGUCCACAGUGAGAAAGGCAGCAUUUCGGUUUCCUCUCGUCCACAAGAAGAUGCUAUAACUUCCCAAGGAGCAUAGGUUAAGGUAAUUCACGAACCUGUAGAAAAAUAGAUUCGAUAUUUGAUGUAGUAUUCAUCCAGGUUGCAUCUUUCUGUUAAUCCGCGCCAUAAACUCGCGGAUAUUUACGUGCAGACCACAGAUUUUUUCUGAGUUUGGCGUCAUCUCUUUCUAAUAAUUCUGCGAAAGAGUGUUUCGCACUAUAAGACAAGCACAUGUGGACCACGUCACCUCCUGCGCUGACUGAGAUAACAGACACUUUGACAUGAUGACCACGAUGGUCUUUGCAGCAAGAGGAGUCUUUCUCAACUUGAGGUACACCUUCCAGAAAGCAGGCUCCUUCGCCAGAAUCAGACUCACCCAGAGCUCCAGGGAAUGUUUAUUUAAAAGAGGCCAGAUUUUCGCUCACAUACCCAAGGUUACGCUGUUAUGCUGGGGUGCAGUCAGUGUGUCAUCAUGCAAAGCCAGAUGUCAGGAAGCAACUCUUCCAUCCCAGGUUUCUGACAGAAAAUCUCUUGCCAAACUCCAAGUGCACAAAGUUAUAUUUUUUCUGCGCCUCAGCCUCCGGGCUUUAAUUCUGUUCCUCAAAUUUGGUCCCCUCCUUCUCCUUUCCCCCUUGACUCUGGUGUCGACCCGUUGGGCGUCUUGCUGGCUGGGUGCUCUGCUGUGGGUGACUGAAACCUCCGGUCCUACUUUCAUCAAGCUGGGGCAGUGGGCCAGCACCAGGCGAGACAUCUUCUCUCAAGAGUUUUGCGAACGCUUCUCUAGGCUCCACGUCAAGGUGCGUCCUCACUCCUGGGCCCACACCAAGCAGUGUCUGCGGAGGGCUUUUGGGGAGGGCUGGAAAAGGGUUUUGGUGUUCGACAGCAAAGAGCCAGUGGGCUCAGGAUGCGUGGCCCAGGUGUACCGAGGAUGGGCCAGGGUGGACCAGGUGGAAGACCCGGCUUUCCAGUCACUGGUGGAGGAGAUGGAGAAAGAAGACUUGCUGGAAGCCUGGGAGAUCCCUGGUCUAGGAGGUGUGGCGAGGACUCUGCGGAAACUUUGGAGGGGGAGCAAAGAGGAGGACGAACAUGAGGAGAGACAUCCUCUAGAGGGUCAACAUGAGGAGAGCAGCACAGAGAAGGAGCACCUGAUACCUGUAGCUAUCAAGGUGGUCCAUCCAGGCGUCAGGAGGCAGGUGGAAAUGGAUUUAUUACUUAUGAAAGCAGGCAGUUGGCUUCUGCACUGCCUGCCGGGACUCAAAUGGCUCAGUAUGGUGGAGAUAGUCGAGGAGUUUGAGAAGCUCAUGACCAAACAGAUUGAUCUCCGUUUUGAGGCGAGGAACAUCGAGCGUUUCCGGGAAAAUUUCCGUGAUGUUGAAUAUGUCAAGUUCCCGACUCCGUUACGCCCGUUUGUCACAAGGUCCAUCUUAGUGGAAACUUUUGAAGAGAGUGAGCCCAUUUCUAACUACCUGAACUCUGAGAUUCCAAAGGAGGUGAAGCAGAGAAUCGCCAGGAUUGGAGCAGACACCCUGCUGAAAAUGGUUUUUGUGGAUAACUUUGUCCAUGGAGAUCUCCAUCCUGGCAACAUUCUCGUCCAGCGUCUGGGGCCUCAACCUGGUUCCAGUGAAGGUGCUGGUGUCUCGGGGGAGCAGCAUGGGAAGACCACCCUCACCGACUUGUGGGACACAGUGGUAGUUAGUAUCAGACCAGACCCAUGUCCUUUCCAGCUGGUGCUGCUGGACGCCGGUAUUGUAGCCCAGCUCAGCGACCGCGACCUCGCCAACUUCAGGGCCGUCUUCACAGCUGUGGUGCUGCAUCAGGGUGAGCGAGUGGCAGAGUUGAUUUUGCAUCACGCCCGAGCUAACGAGUGCAGCGACGUGCCGAGGUUUAAAAAGGAGAUGGCCGAGCUGGUGGAACAGGCCCUCUGCAACACCUUCACUCUGGGGAAGGUGCAAGUGGCUGACUUGCUCUCCAGAGUUUUCGGUCUACUCAUCAAACACAAGGUCAAACUGGAGAGUAAUUUUGCCUCUAUUGUGUUUGCCAUCAUGGUGCUAGAAGGUCUGGGCAGGUCACUCGAUCCAAACUUGGACAUCCUGGGUUUGGCCAAACCCCUGCUGCUGAAGAACUGUGCCUCACUGCUCUGAUACACAAACACACAUAGAUGAAGGACAGUGCAUCACAUACAGACACCUGUAUAGUAAGUGUACACACGGGUACCCAGCCCUAUAUGUUGUAUGUAUUUAGUCUAUCUGUAGAUACACUUCAUGGGUACAUCCUCCUAAUGCCAUAAUGAUGGGUGGUCUUGGGUGCAAGAUUCCACUGCGAAUCACAGGAUCAGUCGCCUCUGUACACUUCAGCAAUGUUCAUGCCAUUAUUGCCUCAUUGCAUUUUAUAUUCGUGGGCUUUUCCACUUUGAUCACUCUACAGUCAGGUCCAUAAAUAUUUGCACAUGGACACAAUUAAUGUGCUUUAAGUUCAGACUUUCAGCUUUAAUUUACCGCAUUUGGAUGUAAAUACUCUCAAAUUACAGCUGAAAGUCUGCACUUAAAGCACUUCUUCAUUUUAAAUCCAUUGUGGCGGUGUAAAUUUGUACAUUCCCCCAAUAAAGUAUUCUAUUCUAUAAAGUAUUCUAUUCUAUGAAGUAUUCUAUUCUGUAAAGUAUUCUAUUCUAUAAAGUAUUCUAUUCUAGAGAGCCGAAGUGCUAGAAAUUGUAUCAAUGUCCAAAUACUUAUGGACCUGGCUGUAUCUACUGUCUAGCUGAAGUGCAAACAUUUCACACACUGAAAUCAACUUUGAGGGCCCUUCAGCUCAGCCUAAUGAAUGACAGUAUAUGUGCUUUACACAAAGCACCCCUUGUAGUUUAUUGAGUGCUAAUGGAUGAGUCAGACACAUCGGCAGACGCACAGAUGGCAUCAGAGACCAUUUGUAGUGAUUUAAGAUAUAAAACAAAAUAGUGCUAGAAUCCCUAGUUGAUACUCAGAAGCAUAUUUUUACUUUUUAAUGACUAAUAUUGAUCUCAGGAUGUCCUUUAUCACUCCGUAUUUUAUUGCAUCUUAGGUAAUGUUGUCUAAUGGACCAUAUUUGCUUUAGUGUGAAUCAAAAUGUACUGUAACACUUGCUCUUAUCCACUACACCAACAAUAUCAAGCCUUUGGCUAAUUGUACUCUCAACUGACCUUUGUCUUUUAACUUUAAAUUAAAAUAGUGGGAACACAAUAUGAAUAAUUUAUAUCAAUAAAAAGGGAAUCAAUGCAAAUGUUAUCUUUUUCUUUCCCUUGCUGCCUGUAUACAUUGGUGUUCUCCAAUGCUUUUAAGGUAAACUUUUGCAACUUCAAAGCAGGAAAUUUACAACAUCAAUGGCACGUGAUCCAUUAAUUUACAAUUUUAUUAAAUCUGUCAAUGAAAAACACAGACAAGACGCGAUUCUGUCAAUGUCAUCAGGAAGAACAGUCAGCAUGGCUGAAAGAGUGAGAUCAGGAGGUUUUGGUGCAAAAAAAAAAAA